AUGGAGCAUAUGCAGUACUGUGUUGAUCAUCCGGAGGAGAUUAACGAACUUGCUAAGGUUAAGGCUCAAGUGACCGAGGUGAAAGGAGUUAUGAUGGAGAACAUUGAGAAGGUCCUUGACUGUGGUGAGAAAAUUGAGCUGCUAGUGGACAAAUCUGAGGACCUUCGUUCACAUGCACAAGAUUUCAGAACGCAAGGAACGAAAAUAAGAAGAAAGAUGUGGUGGGAGAACAUGAAGAUUAAACUCAUAGUCGCUGGUAUCAUCAUUGCCUUGAUUCUCAUAAUCAACAUCUCGGUUUGUCCUGGCUUCAAGUGUACUUGA